AUGAUUUCCCCCUUCUCUCUCUCUUUCGCUCUCUCACGCAUGCUCGCACACAAUACAUUCAUAUUAUCUCCGACACAAACGACUUUUUUCUCUCACGCCGAUGCAAUCAAUAUACAUCUCUCUCCCUCUCUCUCUCUUUCUUGCGAAUGCAGACGCUCAAGUAAUAAUACCCUUUCUGUCACACAACUAAUAACACUUUCUUUCUAUCUAUCACUAUUAUUUGGCACUCACUACACCUGCACUAUCAAUAAUAAUGUUCUUUUUCUCUUACCCAAUAACAAUCUCUCUCGCACGCACACAAGCGUAAUAAUAUUCUUAUCCCUGCAAACGACUAAUAACAUUUUAUUUCUAUCAUGUUCACACAAUCAAUAUAAAUCUCUCUCUCUCUCUCUCUCUCUCUCUCUCUCUCUCUCUGAAACUAGUAAUAAUAGUUUUUCUUUAGCUCGCAUACUCACUGAAUCUCUCUCUUACGCUGAGAAAAUCACCUUAACCCCUCUCUCUCUCUCUCUCUCUCUCUCUUACACAGCUAAUAACCCCAUUUUACAGCAAACUUACACGAUAAAAUCUCUCUCUCUCUCUCUCUCUCACUCUCUCUCUUCGUUAUAUUCAUAUUUUCUCACUCUUCCCUCCAACUAG